AUGACGUGCGACUCGGACCGCCCCUGCUCGCGAUGCAUCAAGCGCAAUAUCGGCCACUUGUGCCAUGACGAACCCCGUGAACCCACCAAGAAAACCCGCCACGACCAUGAGGAGGAAGAUGUCGCUUCGAAUGACUUCGCGGCUUCGCAUGGCCUGCCCGAUCUUGGACAACCAAUGCUCCAGGAUUCCCCGCUCAGCAUUCGCCCUUCUACCAUAGACCCGGCACAGACCGUACAGCCGUCAUCGAUUACAACCCCUGUCGGUCAGCCUUUAGAUGCCAAUACACAGCUAUACAAUUACGGUGAUUGGCCGAUAAACGGACGGAACCAGUUCCAGGAUAUGCAUACAUUCCAUCCUUCGUACAUGUUCAACGCCCCCGAAGUCACCAAUGAAUACAACCUGCUUGGCGACUUUCUCAGCAACAGUCUCAUGGACGACAACGCAAUGUUUGGCAGUGAUGACCUUCAAGGCCUAUACUCGGACUCUUCACUAAUCAACAUGACCACGAACUUAAACGGAAACAAUGCACCAUUCGCUCAACAGCAGAAAGCGACCCAGCUAGCAGCUGCUCAGAACCCGAAUCCGCAGAACUCCAUUCAACCGCCCGGCAACAGUUCCACCGUACCAAAUGACAAAGCCCGCGAGAAAUACUAUCUAACCGCUGCGGAUCCCUCGGGCAUGGAUCCCCCCGAGGAACGAAUGAACAAGCUGCUCAAAGCCAAAUAUGAAGCUGGGAUGCUAAGACCAUUCAACUACGUAAAAGGCUACGCACGGUUAAACCAAUACAUGGAGCAGCACAUGCAGCCCGCCCUCCGCCAUAAGAUUCUACGGCAGCUAGACAAAUUCCGUCCCAAAUUCCGUGAGCGCAUGCAGAGUCUGACCGAUAUCGAACUCGUCCUCUCUGAGAUGUGGUUUGAACGCAGUUUGAUGGAGUAUGACCGAGUUUUUGCUAGUAUGGCUAUACCGGCUUGCUGCUGGCGGCGAACCGGGGAGAUAUUCCGUGGCAACAAGGAGAUGGCGGAGUUGAUUAACGUUCCGAUUGAAAAUCUGCGAGAUGGCAAGCUGGCUCUCCACCAAAUCAUCACUGAGGACCAACUCGUCAGCUACUGGGAGAAAUUCGGCGCUAUCGCUUUUGACGGCUCUCAAAAGGCUAUGCUUACUAGCUGCACACUGAAGAGUCCCAAUGAGGAUGAUUCAAAAAAGGGAAUUCCCUGCUGUUUCUCCUUUACCAUUCGUCGCGAUCCCAAUGCUAUUCCAGCGCUCAUUGUAGGUAACUUUUUACCUUCUCAGCGACCCAAGUGA